AUGGCUCCCCGGAAGCGUGGCGGCCGUGGCGGCGGCGGCCUCUCUUUCUUCUUCUGCUGCUUCAACAACAGCGACCACCCAGAGAUCACCUACCGGCUGCGGGAGGACUUUGCCCUGCAGGCCAUGGAGCCGGCGCUGCCCAUGCCAGGUUAUGACGAACUGGACGGGAUGUUUUCGGAGUUGGUGGACGAGCUGGACCUCACCGAGAAGCACAGGGAAGCCAUGUUCGCCCUGCCCGCUGAGAAGAAAUGGCAGAUCUACUGUAGUAAAAAGAAGGAACAAGAGGAGAACAAGAGUGCGACGAGUUGGCCGGAAUACUACAUCGAUCAACUCAACUCCAUGGCAGCUAGAAAGACACUUCUGGCCUUGGAGAAGGAAGAUGAGGAGGAGAGGAAUAAAACCAUUGAGAGUUUGAAGACUGCGCUCAGGACUCAACCAAUGAGGUUCGUGACCCGCUUCAUCGACCUGGACGGUCUGACAUGCAUCCUGAACUUCCUGAAGAGCAUGGACUACGAGACCACCGAGUCUCAGAUCCACACGUCUCUGAUCGGCUGCAUCAAGGCGCUGAUGAACAACUCGCAGGGCCGCGCCCACGUGCUCUCGCACACCGAGAGCAUCAACAUCAUCGCCCAGAGUCUGGCCACAGAGAACGUCAAGACCAAAGUGGCCGUGCUAGAGAUCAUGGGCGCAGUUUGCCUGGUGCCCGGCGGACACCGAAAGAUCUUGGAGGCCAUGCUGCACUACCAGCGAUUCGCCUGCGAGCGGACACGUUUUCAGACGCUUAUAAACGAUCUGGACCGGAGCACGGGGCGCUACAGAGAUGAAGUCAACUUGAAAACGGCCAUCAUGUCCUUUAUUAAUGCAGUGCUAAGUCAAGGCGCAGGAGAGACAAGUCUGGAGUUUCGUAUCCAUCUGCGAUAUGAGUUUUUAAUGCUGGGGAUUCAACCAGUGAUUGAUAAGCUUCGUUCUCAUGAGAAUUCCACGUUAGACAGGCAUUUAGACUACUUCGAAAUGCUUCGGAACGACGAUGAGCUGGCUCUGUCGAAGCGUUUUGAGUCGGUCCACAUCGACACCAAAAGUGCCACCCAAGUGUUCGACCUCAUCCGCAAAAAGAUGAACCACACCGACGCGUACCCCCACUUUAUGUCCGUCCUCCAUCACUGCCUCCUCAUGCCACACAAAAGGAGCGGCAACACAGUGCAGUACUGGCUACUACUGGACCGCAUCGUCCAGCAGAUGGUGCUACAAAACGAUAAAGGUCACGAUCCCGACGUGACGCCGCUGGAGAAUUUCAACGUGAAAAAUGUCGUACGCAUGUUGGUUAAUGAGAACGAGGUGAAACAAUGGAAGGAGCAAGCGGAAAAGAUGCGAAAAGAGCACCACGAGUUGCAGCAGAGGCUGGAGAAGAAGGAGCGCGAGUGCGACGCCAAGACGCAGGAGAAGGAGGACAUGAUGCAGACGCUGAAUAAGAUGAAGGAGAAGCUGGAGAAGGAGAGCGGAGAGCAUAAGAACGUCAAGCAGCAAGUGGCCGAGCUCACCGCGCGAUUGCAUGAACUCAGUCAUAGACAAGCUACAAUGGUCCCUGGCGGCCCCCCCUUCGCCCCCGGCGGCCCCGUGCCCCCUCCGCCCGCGCCUUCUUUCUCGGGGCCGUGCCCGCCUCCCCCACCGCCCCCUAUUGGCGGCGCCGUGCCUCCGCCUCCUCCGCCGCCCCCACCACCAGGGGGGCCUCCGCCCCCGCCGGGUCGCCCGCCCGUGGCCGGCAUCCCCCCGCCGCCCGGGGCCCCACUCGGCCCCUCCUUACAGAAGAAGAACAUCCCGCAGCCUUGCAAUGCAUUAAAAUCCUUCAACUGGUCCAAGUUAGCAGAAAAUAAACUGGAAGGCACCGUUUGGAUGGACGUGGACGACGCCAGAGUUUUUAAAAUACUAGAUCUGGAGGACAUUGAAAAGACCUUUUCAGCGUACCAGAGACAGCAGGACUUCUUUACGAUCAAUAACAGCAAGCAGAAAGAGACGGACGACGACACGCUCGGCUCCAAAAAGGUGAAGGAGUUGUCAGUCAUCGAUGGUCGAAGAGCGCAAAACUGCAAUAUCCUCCUCUCCAGGUUGAAGCUGUCCAAUGAUGAAAUCAAGCGGGCCAUCCUCACCAUGGAUGAGCAAGAGGACCUUCCCAAAGACAUGCUGGAGCAGUUGCUUAAAUUCGUCCCGGAGAAAAGCGACGUGGACCUCCUGGAGGAGCACAAACACGAGCUGGACCGCAUGGCUAAACCCGACCGUUUCCUCUACGAGAUGAGCAGAAUUAACCACUACCAGCAGAGACUGCAGUCUUUAUACUUCAAAAAGAAGUUUGCUGAGAGGAUAGCGGAGAUUAAACCCAAAGUCGAAGCUUUGACGAAAGCCUCCAGAGAGGUUUUGCAAAGCAGGAACCUGAAGCAGCUUUUGGAGGUGGUGCUGGCCUUUGGAAAUUACAUGAACAAAGGCCAGAGGGGCAACGCGUACGGCUUUAAGGUGUCGUCGCUCAACAAGAUCGCCGACACCAAAUCCAGCAUCGACAAGAACAUCAAUCUUCUGCACUACCUGAUCACCAUCCUGGAGAAGAAAUACCCCAAAGUGCUCAAGUUUCAAGGCGACCUCCCGAGUGUCCCCGAAGCGGCCAAAGUCAACAUGACAGAGCUGGAGAAAGACAUCGGGAACCUGCGGAGCGGCUUGAGAAGCGUGGAGAGCGAGCUGGACUACCAGAAGAAACGACCGCAGGAACUGGGUGACAAGUUUGUGUCAGUGGUUAGCCAGUUCAUCACCGUGGCUAGCUUUAGCUUCUCGGACGUGGAGGACUCGCUGACCGAGGCCAAAGAUUUGUUCGUGAAGGCCGUGAAGCACUUUGGCGAAGAUGCUAGCAAGAUGCAGCCCGACGAGUUCUUCGGUAUCUUCGACCAGUUCUUGCAGUCGUUCGGCGAAGCGCAGCAGGAGAACGAGAACAUGCGGAAGCGCAAGGAGGAGGAAGAACGCAGGGCCAAAUUGGAAGCGCAGCUCAAAGAGCAACGGGAUAAGGAGCGCAAGGCGCGCAAAGCCAAGGCUAACGGCGAGGACGACGGCGGCGAGUUCGACGACCUGGUGUCGGCCCUGCGUUCGGGCGAGGUUUUCGACAAGGACCUGUCCAAGAUGAAGCGCAACCGCAAGCGCAUCAACAGUCAAAAUUCGGACGGCGGUCGCGAGCGACCUGUCACCAAGCUCAACUUUUAG